GGGUAAGAAAGAUGGCCGCUUACACAUAGGAAGUGUUCUUUCGUAGAAGUGGAUCCUGCUUAAUUUUGACAGCUGUCAUGGAGGUACCAGAAGCUGGCCCUGCCGAUGGAGAAGAACGGAUAGUGGAAUUGAGACCGAGAACCCGUUCAAACCCAGAAGGAGCAGAAGACCGUAGAAGCAGUAACAACAACAAUGCCAUUUCAGUAGGCAGCAGAAGUGAAGGGGAGGGCGAGGCGGCCAUCACUGAUAGCCCCACUCCGAGCACAAGCAGUGCAGUACCUUCUAAAGAUCGCCCAAAGCCAGCUGGCCCACCUGUUGCCCCUCUGCCUGUGGCUCCUACAACAGAGUUUCAUCUGCGUGCUCCCCGGGUCAACUGCCCCGAGAAAGUGAUUAUUUGUCUUGACCUAUCAGAGGAGAUGUCCUUACAAAAGCUGGAGUCUUUCAAUGGGUCAAAAACAAAUGCAUUGAAUAUCUCUCAAAAGAUGAUUGAGAUGUUUGUGAGGACAAAACACAAAAUUGACAAACGUCAUGAGUUUGCUUUGGUGGUGGUUAAUGAUGAUGCACUCUGGCUCUCUGGUUUCACUUCUGACCCACGGGAGCUCUGCAGUUGCUUAUACGACUUGGAAACGAAUAUCUGUGAAUCUUUCAAUUUUGAAGACCUUUUAAAUCUAAUUCUCCAGAAGAUUGAGCUGCCACAGAUGGACAAUGUGCAGACGAUUCCUCCACCUUAUGUGAUUCGGACGCUGCUUAUCUACAGCCGACACACCGGCCAGCCCCAGUUUAGCCUCUCUGAAGGAGUCAGUAAAAUGUUGCAGUCUCCGUACUUCUUUUUUGAUAUCAUUUAUCUGCACAAUGGAGUUGACGAACAAGUUGACGAGAGCAGCUCAAAGGAUGUGUAUACCGUUUUUUGUAACUUGGACUCCAAGGGGAUGUGCUACAGGUUUGAAGUGUCACUGUGCGGACCAGCCAUCGAAUUGCACAACUGCAUGGCCAAGCUUUUGUCUCACCCCUUACAGAGGCCCUUUCAGAGCCAUGCUUCCUACAGUUUGUUAGAAGGAGAAGAGACUCAAGAGAUUGAAGCCACCGUGUAAAAAAAGGAAAGAAAAGGAAAGGUGGCAGAAAGGAGAAUUAACUUUGCAGCCACUUCUGAAGGGCACGGAAACAAAACGGAAAGGCAAUGAGACUGGAAAUGUCUGCGUCAUGGUGGCUUGACGGUGGCGUCUGUUCUGCCAGCUGAGAAUGGAUUUGUUUCAGAGCAGCGGUGGUCUGUUGGUAACGGAGAGUAAGUAAGGUCAAAAUCUAACUGGCCUUCUACAUGUUAUUAACAAAGUGAACAUUUUGAUCCCAUUAAAUUUUUUCCAAAUGCCUCAAAAAUGUCGCCCUUUAAGGAGAGUGACAAGCUAAAUGUGUAAGAUUUCCGUUUUCUUCUACGGGAGCCCACGUCUUUGAUAACUUAGUCAUUGCACUGACAGAAUUAACAGAUGUAAAUAAAUCUUGCUAAAAUCA